AGACCUGUGGCAGAACACAGAACCGAGAGUUUAAACCGCGAAUACGGAAAAUCACGAGGAGAGAUCAGCGUCUAGUAUGGCGGUCGGUUUGUGAAUUUACGUCAACGUCAACGUUUGUUAAAAGAAAUCUGAACUCAUGCCCAAGGCAAUUACAAGUGGUCCAAAUUCAUUGCAAACUAUAAUCUUCAUUUUGAAUUGGUCAAUCUCCUCACGUGUGGAUAAUUAUUAGUUAGUGUGAUCUAACCUCAACCGGCACUUGUUCCACACCAUACAGUUUUCACGUAAACAUAACCAAGCAGCAAAGGUGAAUUACCACGAUCUUUUCUAAAAAAUUUAUGCGAGAUGUCAGACGAUGAAGAUUUGGUGUACGUAAAAAAACAAAAAACUUUGCAUUAUGGAUCACUGGAGGAGACGGAAAGAGCAAGGCUCGCUGCAGCCUCAGUUGAGUCUUCUGACGAUGAAAAGGAUAAUGGUAGCCCUACAGACACACCAACCGCUCUCACUGCACUUGGAAACUCCCAUGCCCCAAAUGAAUAUAUGGAACUUGAAGAUGAAAUGUCUAAAGACAGACAAGCUCUACUUGAAGAAUUUGAAAGGAGAAAAAAAGCUAGACAAAUCAACGUGUCCACUGAUGAUUCAGAGGUGAAAAAAAACCUACGCCAGUUAGGUGAACCAAUAUGUUUGUUUGGAGAAGGACCUGCAGAUAGAAGAUCUAGAUUGAGAGAAUUAUUAGCCAGUCUAGGUGAAGAUGCAAUUAGAAAAAAGCAUGAUGAAGAAGAAAGACCCACGCACCAGACUGAAAGAGAUGCAGAGUCAACGUGGUAUCAUGAAGGACCUGAUUCACUUCAAAUCGCUCGUUCCUGGAUAGCAGCUUAUUCUCUUCCUAGAGCAAAAGCUCGACUGGAUAAUUCAAGGCUGGAAUUAGAGCUGCCAGGAGCAACAAGAACUGCACGAAGACAGGAGCUUUUAAAAAAAUUACAAGCACUCAGCAUUUAUUGCUCUCAGAUAGGAGAUAGUCGUCCAAUAUCUUUCUGCCAGUUUAGUCCUAAUUCGAAAUUAUUAGCCACCUCGUCGUGGUCUGGAUUAUGUAAAAUCUGGACUGUACCGGAUUGCUCCAUUGCCAGGACCCUCAGAGGCCACACUUGCAACGUGAGCUGCAUAGUUUUUCAUCCGCAGGCAACCCUAACACAAGAAGUUAUUGGAGAAAAUGCAUCACCCACUUGUGCUUUAGCAAGCUGUGCAUCAGAUGGCAGUGUUAAGCUAUGGAGUGGAGGCGAUAGCGAAGAACCACUAGCAGAAGUCGAAGGUCAUGAACCUCACAGAGUAUCAAGGAUAGCUUUUCACCCAUCAGGUAGAUUUUUAGGAACUUGCUGUCACGAUGCUUCGUGGCGGCUAUGGGACCUUGAACAACAAGCGGAAGUUCUCCAUCAGGAAGGACACGCUAGAGCCGUACACUGCAUAAGUUUUCAGUGCGACGGCAGCGUAGUUUCCACCGGUGGACACGACUCCUUUGGGCGUGUAUGGGAUUUGCGAACAGGUCGUUGUAUAAUGUUCAUGGAGGGUCACCUGAAAUCAAUUUUUGGUGUUGAUUUUUCACCAAACGGUUAUCACCUGGCAACGGCUAGCGAGGACAAUUCCUGUAAGAUUUGGGACUUGAGAAAAAGGUCGUGCAUUUAUACAAUACCAGCGCAUACGAAUUUAUUGUCCGAUGUAAAAUAUCAGAAAACAGAGGGGCAAUAUUUGGUGACCGCAUCUUACGACAACACCGCGAAAAUAUGGUCUAACAAGACCUGGCAGCCGUUGAAGACAUUGCCUGGACAUGACGGAAAAGUUAUGUGUUGUGACGUGUCCCCCGAUCACAAGUUCAUAGCGACCAGUUCGUACGACCGAACGUUUAAGCUAUGGGCCCCUGAAAAUAUGUGAAAUAAAAAAAACCGAAGAAGAAAAACGAUCAAAGCUGGAUGAUGGUUUCAAGUCUGUAUUUUUCAAUAACUAUUUCUAGCGGCGGUUCGUAAUCAUCUUGUUAUAAGUUCGGUGGAGCAUUCCAUUGUUCACUCAAGAUUGAAAUGGAUGGCGUAAAGUUGAAAAUCACGGUAUAGUUAUUAUAAUUAUUAUCGCGUAGCACUGUAAGAUCGCGUAUCUGUCGUAUCCAGACGGCGAGAGAGAGAGAGAGAGAAAGAGGGAGAAGGGAGAAAGAAAUGAUGAAUGAUUAUCGGCGAUAAUAAUAACAUUAAUGCAAAGUGAGGCUGAACCAUUCUUCGGACCGGUCAAUUUUUUGUUCUUCUCGCGUUGAGUAGCGACGUACUAAAUUGACAGUUUCGACUCGACGAUGCUCUAAAUACGGUCCAAUUGUGGGUUAAUAGAGAAUAUAUUGAAGCGGAAUUCUCGCAGUCUCUAAAUAGGCGUUAAUCGAGUAGCGGAGAGUUUUAGUCAACCGAGAUGUAUACACUCGUAUGAUGACCAAUUGCUUCAAUUUGUUCUCGCGGGUUCGAUAGCGGGAGGAAAAAUUGGUUCACGAAUAAGCUCGUCUCGUUUCUUCAUAUUGGUGAUCUUACGCAGCGCACAGAACUACAUAAUAGAAUUAAUUCAUGUACAUAUAUAUAUCUGACCUUCGAGGGCUUGCGGAAUUAUUUCCAGUAUUUGGAUAUAAUUCUGCGGGUUAAACAUUGAGAAUCACAUGAACCGACGCAAUAAAUUUAUACGACUGAUUAA